AUGAUUAAUUGGCAAGUAAUAGGUCAACUUAUAUCACUUGGUAUAAUUGUAUUAGUAGGACCUGCAGUUAUAGUUUUACUUUCUUUUAAAAAAGGAAAUUUAUAG